ACAUACCGGUAUGUGGUGCGUCGUGUCAAAGCUGAAAUCAGCGCAUCGCCAAGUGUGGCGUCCUGCAUUGCACGGUAAUAUUUUCCGACGGUAAUACUUGCCCUACGGGCCUGAUAAUGAGGUUGUACGAACCGAGUUAUAGAUCCCCAUUCGUCAACACUAUGGGUUCCCCUCACGUAGCUAAAGAUUCGUGGGUUGGUGUGUGAAUGUCUCAUUGAGGCCCCCUCACACGCCACUCUCUCGCCGUUUCUUUACCCCUCCUUCAGUCUCACCAUCCCGCUUCGAAGCAUUCUUCAGGGGCCUCGCCGAGUAUCGCAUCAUGGUAGACGUGGUAAGAAAAGAGUAUGACGCGGAAGCAACUAAUUACGACACCAAUUUGUCUGCUACGUUGCCCCUCAUUCGUCUUGACAACGAGCUGUUCAUCUCCGCGAUUGGCGAUGCGACAGGUGCCGUAAUUCUGGACCUGGCCGGCGGCUCUGGGGUGAAAGCUCGCUUUGCGAUUAAUGCCGGUGCUGCAGCCGUGGAUAUUAUCGAUAUCUCCCCUGGAAUGAUGCGCGAGGGCCAAAACAUAGAGGCAACCUUGAACCGCGACGUGAUGCGCUGGUUUGAAGCAGACAUCUCGCAGCCGCUCGAUCAUCUCCCUCUAAAACCACAGUAUGACAUAGUGAUGGCCAACUGGCCUUUCGACCACGUAGAAAACAUGGACGUUCUUGAAGGCAUGUUCCGCAACAUUGAGAAGUAUCUGAAGCCGGGGGGCCGAUUCCUCGGCGCCCGCACCUGCAACCCCCGUGUGCCAGAAAUGAUCAAAGGUAGUCUAGGCGCCAAAUACGCAAACUUUGAGGACAUACCUGGCGGAGUUAGGUAUCGAUUUUCCUUAGACUCGUUCGAAAGCGAUAUUGUGGCCUCAAGUAUGGAAGCAACUUACUCGGGAUCAACAGAGAUUUAUGAGAAGUUUGGGCUGGUUGAUAUUCAAGUCGAGCCAUAUGAGAAUGCUAAGGUCGUCAAGGAGCACCCAAAGCUCUGGGAGGCAUACCUUCAGGAACCAGGUAUGGCUAUGGUGAAAGCCACGAAGAAAAUUUGAUUCGUUCGGGAGAAGUCCAGAAGCGGCAUGUAUGGGCAUCCAAUAUUGCUGGGUUGAUGUCCAGAGCAUAGUCGUUCUUGGCACCCACUCUCGGCAUCCCGGCGUGUUAUUGCAGAGCAAUAAUUUUCAUGCACCUUGUUGAGGGUUUAUCACCGCUCACUACUCACAUACGAGUAACUAAUGAAGCUAUCCCACGAAGCCUUUUCUGAUGUAUCCAUGGCAUAACCCCUAUGGAUGGAAGUCGUAAGGAUGCUGGAUUCACUGAGACAAGGUGGGGUCAUAGUCGUGACGUACUUGGUUGUAUAAUAAUGAUGAUGAUCAUCGUCAUACACUCACUGCACAUUCACAGCUUGACCUGCCUUUUAUAUAUCGAGACGUAAGCUUCCGGCUUUGUUGAGGCAGUUUGAUAGAUAAUAUGAUUGGGUACAUCACGAAACGAGCCAAACUGUAGAGCAGGGCCCAGACACUAGCUCCCAUCGCCCAG